AUGCAAUUGAUUCUGAGUGAGUUGUUUUACAGAGAAGGUGGAGAAGAAGAAGCUCUGUAUUCAUUCAAGUCACGUCUGAUUUCAUCAUGGUAUCAGAGCAGCGAUCGUGAAUUCAUCGAGAUUCAGCCCUCAGAUGCUCCAGGACUCGUCCUGAUGCUGCUCAAACUCACAGGGCCAGAAAACUAUGCUCUAUGGAGUAAGGCGAUGAAAUUGGCGCUCCGGGAAAAGAGUAAACUAGGGAGCACUGUAUCGAGUGAAUCGAUGCCGAGUAUCGUUUAUGCGUCUAAUGCAAGGAAAUUGUGGAAUGAUUUUCAGGAAAGAUUUGAUCGAUCAGACUUAACGAGGAUUUAUCACCUCUGGACAGCCAUCACAACUCUAAGAAUCUCGACCCUCAGUAGAACAUCUGAGAUCUCAACGUUUGCUACAAUUCUUAUGGGGCUAAAUGAAAGCUAUAGAAACAUAAGGAGUAAUGUAUUAGCUAAAAGGCCUGUUGUGACUGUUAAUGAAGCCUAUGCUAUAGUCACUCAGGAAGAAAGCCAGAGGUCUUUAGGUGUUGUUGACACACAUAGGGAACCACUCACCUUGUUAGCAGGAAGAAGGCAAGAUUUUAGAGCAAAAAGGCCCGGUGUCAUUUGUGAACGUUAUGGGUAUAAAAGGAAUCUUAAGGAGAAUUGCUUCAAGAUAAUUGGAUAUCCAGCUGGCUUUAAGAGCAAAAAGAAGAAUCAGCCUGCAGGAGGAAAGGCCUAUACUAACAAUGUGAAUGUCAAUGCAAAUGGUGAGGAAGGGAAACCAACGACUGUGCAAGUAAAAGGAGUAGGGCAGUUCUUCACAGAAGAACAAUACCAACAGCUGGUCAAGUUGUUGUCAAAAACAACAACUGCAAAAAGUUCUAAUAAUUUUGUAGGUAUAGUCACUCUAUUAUCCUAUGCACGUAUGUGUGAUUGGGUAAUAGAUAUAGGAGGAACACAUCAUGUCACAUACUGUAAGGAUAUUCUAAAUAAUGUUAAAAGGGCAGAUGAUCAAGGGAGACAUGGAGUACCUCCUGGAAUAUCAAAGCUCACAAAGGAUCUUUGUUGCUCAGUCACAUUCCUUCCUGAUUCCUGUAAUCCAAUGCCUCGAAAACCUAAGGGUUCCUCCGCAAGGGUAAGAAGGGGUAGAGAAAAUGCUUCGAGCCAAUGUUCGAAUACCAGGCGCUACAGCGCUGAAGUAACCCAUGCCAUACUCCCAGGAAAAGCUCGAACGACUUUGAGCAAGAGGGUACCUGUACCCGAAACCGACACAGGUGGGUUGGUAGAGAAUACCUCGGGGCGUCAAUCGAAGUGGAGGGUUUCUUCAAACAACAAGGGGCAGGGUCAACUUCAAUCAAAUGAUAUUGAGCAUGUUUCCCAUCUCUUUUCGAGAAACGGGCGGUUGGAGUAUCACAUGGGUGGCAUGGUGAUGAGGAUUGGUAGAGAGAACAAUGGUUUGUACUUGCAUAAGGAGAGUAUAACAAUGGCAGCAACAAGAGUUUUCCAGAGAAAAGGAGAAGAAACUGAACUUUGGCACUUAAGGUUAGGACAUGCUUCAAUGAAGGCAAUGCAACAUAUUCUAGGGUUGCAAAAUAAAGUUGAUAUGCAGUCAAAGAAUGAAGUACUAGUUGUAAUAAAGAACUUUGUUGCAACGAUUCAAAAUCAGUUUGGUGUGAAUGUCAAGGUGUUAAGAUCAGUUAAUGGAGUGUUACAAGGGAAAUGUCCAUAUGAAAUGUUUCAUGGAAAACCAGCAACACUAGAUCACUUAACGGUUUUUGGAUAUGUUUGCUUUGCAAGCAAUAUACCUGGAGGAGAUACGUUUGCACCAAGGGAAAGGAGAUCCAUUCUCAUUGGUUAUUCAGAAACACAAAAGGGCUAUAGGUUGUAUGAUCUGGAAAGCAUAAGAGUAUUCAUUAGCAGAGAUGUAACAUUCAGAGAGCAUAUCUUCUCUUUCAAGGAAGGAAUGCAAAUUGAAGAAGAUAUCUUCCCAAGUAAUACACCAUCAGUUAUUCCAGCUGGACUCAGAAGAGCAUAA